GGCGCCCGGCACCCACUGACCCCCCUCCUCAAUCCCCGGAGCCUCAAAGCCCCUCCCAGGACAGCGCUCAGUAAUAAAAGGGAGGCGAGUCCCAGGCUGGCACUCGAGCCCUGAGAGCCUGACGGGAAAUUAUCCCCCUUGGCAGGGGAAGGAAAGCAGGAGUGAAGAAGCGGAAAAGGAGGUGUGGAGAGAGCAUGGGGAUACGGGCUGCAGGAGGAGGGGGGCCCGCACGCCUGAGGAGGCGGCUGCUCUUGCUGCUGGGGCUCUGCAGCUGGGCGGCUGCCCUCAGAGGAAAUGACAACAGUGAAGCCCUUCCUGAGUCUAUCCCAUCCGCUCCUGGAACAUUGCCUCAUUUUAUGCAGGAACCAGAUGAUGCUUACAUCAUUAAAAGCAACCCCAUUGCCUUGCGAUGCAAAGCCAUGCCCGCUAUGCAGAUUUUCUUCAAGUGUAAUGGUGAAUGGGUCCACCAAAAUGAGCAUGUCUCUGAGGAAAGCAUGGAUGAAAGUACAGGCUUGAAGGUUCGAGAGGUGUUCAUCAACGUGACAAGGCAGCAAGUGGAGGAUUUUCAUGGGCCAGAAGAUUACUGGUGUCAGUGUGUUGCGUGGAGCCAUUUAGGGACCUCAAAAAGUAGGAAGGCAUCAGUCCGCAUAGCCUAUUUACGGAAAAACUUUGAACAAGACCCACAAGGAAAGGAGGUUCCUAUUGAAGGGAUGAUUGUUCUGCACUGUCGGCCACCAGAGGGAGUACCUGCAGCUGAGGUGGAAUGGCUUAAGAAUGAGGAGCCCAUCAAUUCCAACCAGGAUGAGAACAUCGACACCAGGGCAGAUCACAACCUAAUCAUCCGCCAGGCCCGUCUGUCUGAUUCCGGGAACUACACUUGCAUGGCUGCCAACAUAGUGGCCAAGAGAAGGAGCGUGUCUGCAACAGUCGUGGUGUAUGUGAAUGGAGGCUGGUCGUCAUGGACUGAGUGGUCUAACUGCAAUGUGCGGUGUGGCCGAGGCUGGCAGAAGCGAUCCCGGACCUGUACCAACCCUGCUCCGCUCAACGGAGGUGCAUUUUGUGAGGGAAUGUCAGUGCAGAAAAUUACCUGCACUUCACUUUGCCCUGUGGACGGUAGUUGGGAGGUGUGGAGCGAAUGGUCAGUCUGCAGCCCGGAAUGUGAGCAUCUGAGAAUUCGGGAAUGUACAGCUCCACCUCCAAGAAACGGAGGAAAAUUCUGUGAGGGCUUUAGUCAAGAAUCUGAAAAUUGCACUGAAGGGCUUUGCAUUCAAGAUAAAAAACCUCUUCAUGAAAUAAAACCCCAAAAUAUCGAGAACGCCAGUGACAUUGCCUUGUACUCAGGCCUAGGUGCUGCAGUCGUUGCUGUAGCUGUGCUGGUAGUCGGCAUUACACUUUAUAGACGAAGCCAGAGCGAGUAUGGUGUGGAUGUGAUUGAUUCGUCUGCUCUGACAGGAGGCUUCCAGACAUUUAAUUUUAAAACAGUCCGGCAAGGUAACUCCCUGCUUCUGAACUCAUCCAUGCAGCCUGACUUGACAGUGAGCAGAACGUACAGCGGACCCAUCUGCCUGCAGGACCCUAUGGACAAGGAGCUCAUGACAGAAUCUUCACUCUUUAAUCCCUUGUCAGACAUCAAGGUCAAAGUUCAGAGUUCAUUCAUGGUUUCCCUGGGGGUGACGGAGCGGGCCGAGUAUCACGGAAAGGCACAUUCUGGAACAUUUCCCCAUGGGAACAACAGAGGCUUCACGACAGUUCAUGCUAGGAACAAAACUACAUAUAUUCAGAAUCUGUCAUCUCUUUCAACAAGAAGUGAGCUGAGAACGACUGGCAUUUUUGGCCACCUGGGUGGCCGUUUAGUGAUGCCAAACACAGGAGUCAGUUUGCUGAUACCACAUGGAGCUAUCCCUGAAGAGAGCUCAUGGGAAAUCUACCUUACCCUCAGUCAAGGGGAGUCCAGUCUACAGUCAGAAGGCACAGAAGUUCUUCUUGGUCCAGAAGUCACAUGUGGCCCUCCAGAUGUGACUGUUACCACUCCUUUUGCCUUGACUAUACCGCAUUGCGCAGAAGUAAAUUCUGAACAUUGGAAUAUUCACUUGAAAAGAAGAACACAACAAGGGAAAUGGGAGGAAGUGAUGUCCAUGGAAGAGGAAACUACUUCCUGCUACUGCCUAUUGGAUCCUUACGCCUGUCACAUUCUCUUAGACAGCUUUGGAACUUACGCUCUCGCUGGGGAGCCCAUCUCUGACUGCGCAGUUAAACAGCUGAAAGUGGCAGUGUUUGGCUGCAUGUCUUGCAAUUCGCUGGAUUACAGUCUGAGAGUGUACUGUAUAGACAACACCCCUUGUGCAUUUCAGGAAGUAGUUUCAGGUGAAAGACACCAAGGAGGACAGUUGCUGGAGGAACCUAAGUUGCUGCAUUUCAAAGGGAAUACCUUUUGUCUUCAGAUCUCUGUUCUUGAUAUUCCUCCUUUCCUCUGGAGAAUUAAACCAUUUACCGCAUGUCAGGAAGUUCCUUUCUCUCGUGUGUGGUGCAGUAACCAGCAGCCACUGCACUGUGCCUUUUCACUGGAACGUUACACUCCCGCAACCACACAACUGUCCUGUAAGAUCUGUGUUCGGCAAGUCAAGGGCCAUGAGCAGAUCCUACAGAUCCAGACGUCUAUUCUAGAGAAUGAGAGAGAAACCAUCACUUUGUUUGCACGUGAGGACAGCAACUUCCCUGCACAAACUGGUCCAAAAGCCUUCAAAAUCCCAUACUCCAUUAGACAGAGAAUAUGUGCGACAUUUGACACACCCAAUGCUAAAGGCAAAGACUGGCAGAUGUUAGCACAGAAAAACAGCAUCAACAGGAAUCUCUCUUACUUUGCUACACAAAGCAGCCCAUCUGCUGUCAUUUUGGACCUGUGGGAAGCCCGACAUCAGCAUGAUGGUGACCUUGACUCUCUAGCCUGUGCCCUGGAAGAGAUAGGACGGACACAUUCCAAAGUCUCAAAUAUUACAGAAACUCAGAUCGAGGAGACCGACUUCAGCUACAGCAGGCAAAAUGGACUUUAGUCAUCUCUUUUCCAUUCAAGAACUGAUGGCCAGCUUUGACUUUAACAUUAACGAAUUUCUACAAGCAGGGAAGAAAUAAGGGUUUUAUGCACAUUGCAUACAGGCAAUCAGACCUUCAUUUCUACCACCUGUUUUUUAUUUGAAGGAGCAGAAGAAACCCCAAAGUAAAUCACCACAGUAACAAGGAAAAUGCAAUCAUCUCUGUGACUCCACAAUCCUCCCAGAAUUAAAACUCAUGUGAGAGUAAUGAAAAUAGUCUACUUUUCUAUGAUUCCCAGGGGGUGAGAGGGUGGGGAAGCUGUAGAUGAUAACAGUAGAUAUUGUGACACUGUAUUAAAGAAACAGUAAUGCAUCUCAGAGAAAAAUAAAGAAGGCAGUGAUGAUGCUCUAUGAUCAAGAGGUUAUUGAACAUUUAGAGCUACUAGGCUCUCUGGGUUUCAAGAUUUGACCACAUGGCUUGAUUCUCCAUUGCCUUGCACUUUGUCAAUUUACAAUUAAAAAGGUACAAAAUACUACCAUGCUGAUUUGGUAGCACUGUGCAUUCACUUUAUACUGGUGUAAGUGAACUCCAAAUAUUGCAGGGCUACAGAAAAUCAGACCCAGGGUAUUCAGCCAUCCAGUGAAUUGGAACCUAUACUGUUUCAUUUAUAUAGCCAAUCCGCUUCAAAAUUUGAUCAUGUAAUUAACAUACACAUUUGCUGCAGAAUUUUCCUGGCCCUUCUAAUAGCAAAAAGUCUCCCAAACUCUUAUGUGAAGUUGUUCCGUUUCAUGCAGUAAAAAGCAGCAUUUUUGUAACAACCAACUGCAGUACUGGGAAUAGCCAUAUCUGUUUUAGCAAAUUGGUACUUUUUUGCAUUGCUCCUAAUUUCAGGACUAAGCCUAAAAAGUCAAAUCAAAGCAGUGUAACUUUGACCUGGUUUCAGGUGGAAAUAAUCAAAAUUACAAUGUUGGAUUUAUUGUUCCUGAUUGAUAGAAACCAAGCCAAAGGGCACACCCAGAAAUUGGCCCACUUUCAUCCUAAAGGUUUUGUGCUCUGUGGCAGAGUUUCACAAUCUUAAAAUCUGAGCUCAGCACUAAACCAGAUGGAAGCAUUGAUGUUGACACCAACCACGAAACAGUUGAGAUAGGCUUUCCACCAUUCCCCCCCCCUGCCCCACACCCACCCAAUACCUUUUAAAAGAAGCUACAAUAAGUUUAAAAAAAUGCUGUCUCAUGUCUGGUGUUCUGCACCAUAUACUGUUUAGAUCUUCUAAUGGACUUCUGUCCAUGAAAUCUGUUUGCCAUAAUCGGCACUUGGGCUGAUUUAAAACAGAUCAUCAGUACUGGUGGUGUGGGCACAAGUCUGUGUAGUUCAGGAGCAUCUGUCAUUGGAACCCAUUUCAAGAAGAUGCAAGAGAAUUAAAUAUAUAUAUUUUUAAUUUUCUCUGGCAGAUUUUACAAAUAGGGUUGGGAGCAGCCUGACAAACCAAAAAGUAGUUUACAGAACAUGCACCCUAAUGAUUAUCUGAAGCUAUUUCUUCAAAUAAAGUUGCAGCUGUGGUUAUACAAUUAACAACCUCCUUCCAAGCAGUGAUUUAGCAAGUAGCUGUUCAUUUUCACUGAUCUCCAGUAUAAACCUUCCUUGCUUCACCUGCUCACCAGUCUAGAAUAAAUAUUUAGACAAUCCCACUGAGAAACAUGGGCUUGGAAUAUUUCUUGCAUUUCAUUUCAAGCAACAUAUUGUGAGAGGUGGUUUUUUGUUGUUGUGGUUUUUGAAAAGUACCUUCCUUUUGGCAAUGGGAAACAGUGAUAGCUCUUAACCUUAAUUUUGUUAAUCUUAAAUGUGCUUAACAGCCUAUUCCUCAAAAAAGUAGCCAACCUAUCACUGUUGUCAUAGCACAUGGCUCUCUUUCUCCUUUUGUCUAGUACAGAAGAGGAGGAACUGAAGUUACUAGACACACAAUUCAAAAAGUCAGGGAUAAAAAGUUCCGGCGAUGACACCAAGAGAAAAGAAUAGUAGUUAAAAUGUGCUGCAGUUUUCUUGAAAACAUACUGAAGUAGAUUUCUCUCAGCUUCUACCCGUACACAAGUUUAUUUUGGUAACUAAUCUAAACUAAUUUGAAAAAGCAAAGUGCUGGAAAAGUUAUCAAACUAAAGAUUCCUAAAGUCUCUCUCUAUAUAUAUACAGUAAUGUAUUUGUCAUUCCAAAUGUUCUGAAUGUGUUUCCUUAGUGAUUUCCAAAUAUGUCUGAUACACACAAAGCAUAUACGGGGUUGAGGGAACUGCUCCAGGGAAUCUGGAGUGUAAAGGUUUUCUCAGAAAAAUGUGGUGUUUACUGUAUAGAACUGUAGCUGUUUCUAAAAGAAAUGCCACUCAGAGCACCUGAACCCUGCUUACUGAUAUUCAUCAUGUGGAUAAGGUUACUGAAUGCCCUGUGAAGUCUGUUUAGCAAAAGUUGGUCCCUUAUUAGGAAUCAAAGAACAUGCACUGUUUGAGUUGUUCAAAAGCACUUCUGGAGAAGGUCUUCAUACUAAAGGGAGCUGAGUUGUAAACCAAAAUCUACAGACUGAUCCAAUGACCAUUGAGGUCAAAGAUUGUUUUACCACCAUUGAUUUCAGUGGGCUUUGGAUUAUGCACCUAAAGAGGACCAGCUCUGAAAGUUAGUUUCUUGCAAUCUUUUAGAUGCAUGAAACUCAGACUUCAGGCUCUAGCCCGAGUUAAAAGACUCUCUUGUGUUGCUCAGUAGUGUUGUUUUUCUGUUGUUUCCUUUUGGUUUUGACCCUUUUUGCUCAUUUUUGCCAAAUUUCCUUGUUUGUCUUUGAGUCAUUUCAAUUAAGAAUUCCAACCUUUUCUAAAUGCAUGGUGGUUCUGAUGCCCUUGUAACAUGCAAGCAAGCUGGAACUGGAAAUGCCACAGAAUGAGACCUUAAUUAGAAUAAAAAAGAGUUGACUGCUGAUCUCAGUGUUGAGGUUAAAGUGGUAACCAGAUUCCUGGCCAGCUUACCUCCAAUGUGACCCUAUCCAGCAGCAUGUCAGAAUCAUAGCAGGAUGAUGAAAUAAGAUAACUCCUGCCCCCUUUCUCCAUAUACAAGCUCAUCCACCCCACCCCAAAAGAACAAUUUUUAAUAUUUGCAAAAUAUAGUUACUUAUUUUUGUGCCCCUCUCCACUUCCUUCUUUUUGUCUAUUACGAGGAAUAGAUACGCCAUCACUGACAGUAUUUUUCCUAAUCACGCAAAAGCAGGAAGGUGCCGGAAAUCUCAGCAUUUCCAGACCAAAGAGUUUUAGAGAAGAGUCCCAGUAAUCCUCUCAUCUAGACUGAAAUUUAAAACCAUUUGAUGUUUACCCAGUAAUACUGGAACACAACCAAGAACAGCCCCAGAAAGUAGUCCAGACAUGUCAUCUCUGAUGAGUUAGGCCAGGCUCCUACUUGGUUAUUCUAUCUCCCCUCCGUGUCCACACACUAAACCAUUUCACACUUGAGUUUAGUGGUGCUUUAAACACAAGCUAGCUGGCCUAGCUAGGGGUAUAGACUAGAUCUUAGGUGCUGAUUUUGCUUGGGCUAGUAACCCACUUUGCAUUAAGGACUCAGGCUAACUUCCUAGAGUGCUGAGAGUCCUCCAGUGCCUUCCCACAAUUCUAUCACAUGCCCAGGUUACACUAGUUAUUCCACAA